UCAAUCGCAGGCCUUCGUGGUAUCAGACCGCCGCCAAGCUCGCAGCUACAUUGCGAAACUGCCCAGCACCGGAGGCCCAUGAGCUGUGGCAAACCCGAGGAACGACCAUGAAUACGGCACAGCAGUGACACAACUACCGGGAACUCACUGACAAUCGAAAGGACAAUCAGAGGCUCCUCAACUGGUAUCAGCUCGAGAACCGGAGAGAUUUUCGAGAACGUGGCAGCCACCUCGAGUCAUAGACAGUUCGGGAAGAGGCAAGGACUUCGCAACACCUGAGCCUCUUUGCUGGCCCUCUUCUCGACGCCGUCGGCCGCCAUGUCUGCGUGCCUAUCGCUCAAGGGCUCCAAGGCAUGCUCUGCCUUCCAGUCGGCCGCCGUGUCCACCACGGACAACCAUGUCGUGGGGCUGUUUCCCUUUCUUCAGUUUGCGUCCAACGUAGACAUGCUUGACGCGCUUCUAACGUCCUACGUACAGACCGAUUACGUCCGGGAAAAGUACUCGACUCUCCUUGGCUGCACAAGCAUCGACUACACCAACACAAGUGACCUCUAUGCACGCUUCACGACUACAGUAAUCUGUAAUGCUAUUAUCCAGAAUUCCAUUCGACCCUGCAACCUCGCGGCGGCAGACUCUCGACCUGUCUGCGCCGAGACAUGCGCACAAUUUGCACAAGCCGAGGCUUAUGUCCUGGCGGACAGCUCAGUCUGCCCCAAUCCCGGUAGCAAUGCGCAGUCGCAGAUCCGGGCGGAUUUCACGAACUGCGCCCUGCCUGACAAGUCGUUAUCGAGUCGAGACUGCAUUCCGGGCAUCACAAACGAGCCCGAGAACUGCGGUUAUGGCAACAGCACUAUAGGGCUCUGUUCCUACUGCGCCGCGGGCGGAAUCAACUCGACCGAUACCUGCUGCUAUAGCGCCGAUGCCGAAACCCGCUGUGCCGGCGUCGUCCUCCCGAGUAUCACACCCAUCAAUCUCCCGACAGUCACAGCAACGGCAACGCCAACUUCAACUCCUAAUGAGGACCAGGCAGGUGGCGGUGGCGGCCUAUCCGGAGGGCAAAUUGCGGGCAUAGUUGUUGGGUCUCUUCUGGGCGCAGCGCUCUUGGCUGCCAUUAUAUUUGGCUUGCUUGUCUACAGGAGGAGGCGGGGUGGCAGCCAGAAGGGCAGCAUUUUCAACCAGCCGUCGCCCGCUCGCCAGGGCCCGCCGUCGCAGAUGGGGAGGACUGGCACGUCCGCUGGUUUUGAGGUGCUUCCUGGUGGAAGGAUUGCCCGAAUGUCGGCUCUCGAGGGCCAUUCCGGCGAGUCGCCGUCGCGUCACACGGCCCGCGAUACGCCUCGGUCUGUGCCAGGGACCGCAGGAGGGUAUCGUACUAGCAGCAGGAGGAGAGUUGAUGACCAUUCAUCGUCGGAUGGAUUCGGUGACAGUCCGGCAUCUGACCGUGCCGCCGUUGGCGUUCUCCGACCGCCGCCGACAAUGCUGAAGCGAAACGGGUCUCUUUCCAGCAAUUCGGUCCUGGCGGGUGAGGAUGUGCAGUCGCCGAGUUCCGGAGCCUUGUCGUCGCCGCAGGGAGUAUCGAGUAGCCAACAGUCUGAGCAACUUCCCUUCUUCAAAGACUACUAUUCUCAAGACGACAUCCACCCCGGAGACCGGGUUGCCGUUCUCUGGGCGUACCAGCCACGGGCGGCGGACGAGUUCCUGCUGGAUCGGGGCGACAUGAUCAAGGUGGUGGGCAUAUGGGACGACGGCUGGGCGACGGGUGUCAUGGUGGACGAGCGGGCGGAGCAGUGGGAGGCGCGCCGCCAAGCUCAAAGAGACAGCGGGGUGUCGAACACAUCGGGGCGAGCGCGCGACGACUCGCCGCCCGUCAGCGGCGAAAUCAAGGCAUUCCCGCUGGUGUGCGUCUGCCUUCCGGAGCACUGGAAGAGGACGAUCGACGGCGACGGCUCGACCGACACGUCCAGCGCGAAUCCGUACAUGACGACGCAACCCUGAGCGCGCUUGCGUAUGAUGACGAACGCAUUUUCUCUCGACUAGACUUCCAAUGAUGCUCGAUGAACGCUUCGCUGGUUCUUUUUUGUUGCGGCAUUGUCUACGGCGUUUUUGGGAUCACGAUAUUACCUGGCUUUCUGCCCCUGGCGGUUUCUUGAUAUUAGCGAUCUCUGGAGCUGGGAGAUUCCACGAACCUCCGGCUACCGGUAGAGGCGGCUGUUUUCCU